CUCAAUCGCAAGCCCCAAGAAGAGAAAACCCUCGGCCGCAUUUUGGACUAAGAGAAGAUGGCCACGAAGAAGAAUCCCACAGUUUUUUUGGACAUUUCAGUGGACAGAAACCCUGCUGAGAGAAUGGAGAUAGAGCUUUUUGCUGAUGUAGUUCCAAAGACUGCAGAGAAUUUUCGAGCACUUUGCACUGGGGAAAAAGGCAUUGGAGAUUCUACACGAUUGCCACUGCAUUACAAGGGAUCAUUCUUUCAUCGCAUUGUAAAAGGAUUUGUUGCUCAAGGAGGUGAUUUCUCAAGGCGAGAUGGCAGUGGUGGUGAGAGCAUUUAUGGAAGAAAAUUUCCAGAUGAGAAUUUUAAGCUGAAGCAUGAUGGACCUGGCCUUUUGUCCAUGGCAAGCUCUGCACCCAACUCAAAUGGAUCUCAAUUUUUCAUCACCUUCAAGGCAACACCACAGCUUGAUGGCAAAAAUGUUGUUUUCGGAAAGGUAGUAAGUGGAUCUAACCUGCUGAAGAAAAUAGAACAGGCAGGUUCUGAGAAAGGGAAACCUCUUUGCCUUGUAAAAGUUGUAGAUUGUGGUGAAGCUUCUGAUGGUAAGACACAAGUUGUUCCAGGAAAAGAGAAAGAGAAAAAAUGUAACGAGUCCAGCUUAGAUCUUUGUUCCAAUGACAGUUCUGGUGGAGAACAGAGGUCAAGUCAUAAAAGAACUAUUAAAGAUAAGAGAAAGAAGAGAAAGAGAAGAUAUUCAUCAUCUGAUUCUUCUAGUUCUGAUGAUUCUGAUUCGGACUCUUAUUCAUCUGAUAGUGGCUCUAGUUCUUACUCUGAUUCAUCUGAUUCUAGUUCAUCCAGCGGUGCUAGAUACAAGAGGAGAAAGAGAACAUCAAGAAAAAAGAAAAAUAGGAAUGGGAAAGGCAAGAGAGAUCAUCAUACAGAUAAACGACAAAGAAGGCAUGAUAAAAAAUCAACUCGCAAGCCAAAAUGGAGCUCAAGUUCUAGUGACUCAGAGAGUGAAACUACCAGCGGUAGUAGUAGCUCUGGCUCUGAAAGAGCUGGCCAUCGGGAUGAUUCUCGUAAAGCCAAGCACUCGUUGCAAACCGCUGAUACAUCACUUGAAGUUGGAAAGAAACAAUCUCUUUCAAUAGUCCCAGGAAAAGAAUCAGCUACAGAAAGGACAAAGAAAAGUGAACGGGUAGCUGCUCAGGUUAAUGCAUCACGUGAAUCAGGCCUAGUUUUUCAAGAAACUAGAGAUGAUCCAGAAGACUCCUAUCGUUCUAUAGGAAAAUUUAACAAAAUGGCCAAUCAACCUCCCAAGUCAAAUGAGAAAUCAAGCAGAUCCAGCAGCCCGAUAAUACCGGAGGGAGAUCGCAUUGGAAGUCCUAGGGUCCAUGCAGACAAGGGACCUACAUCAAGUCCAAGUGGAGUUCCACAUAUUGGUGGUGCUAAUCAAAGUUCAGUCGGAGGAAUCAGUAGAAGCAAAAGCCAUUCAGCGAGUCCAACAAGGAGUCCUGGGCGUAAAGCUUCUGAGCCUGCUUUAAAGCAACUGGAUGUGUCCAGAAAGCCAUCCCCUAGUGGUCCCCCAAAACGCAUUAGGAAGGGACGUGGAUUCAGUGAUAAGUAUGCCUAUGUACGGAAAUACAGGACUCCGUCUCCAGAGCGUUCUCCUGUUCGCUCCUACUAUUAUAGAGGCAGAUAUGAACAAGAAUGGGGAAGAAAUAGGUACUCAAGACGCACAUUCAAUUCUGAGCGUUCACCUGCACGGCGGUAUCAAGGCUCUCCAAGAGGCAGUAGCCCACCCAGAUACCGUGGCAGAAGGGACCGAAGCAGGAGCAUGUCACGCAGCCCUGUCGGGUAUCGCAGCCGUCGUAGGGAUCGUACUCAGAGCCCAAGACGAAGCCGUAGUCCAUUGGAUGACCAGAAGCCAGCGCUAGGCAAUAGGAUACAAUCUCGUCUUGGUCCUCAAGGAGGUGGCUACCGCUCCGUCAGUGGACGGUCAAGGUCAAGAUCUCCACAUCCAUCAGCAUUUAAAUCUGAUGCAGGGCCACAGGACAUGGAAGAUAAGGGAGGGUCUCAAAGCAGCUCCAGAUCUAGCAGCCCUGCGCCAAACAAUGGAUUGGUGGCAUAUGGAGAUGGGAGUCCUGAUAGGUAGCGCCUGCAAAUGGCGUUGAUGGCUUGGCUUAAAAGUAUGUCUCACCUUUGCAGCAUAUGAGUCUCCUGGUAUUUCUCAUUACUUUAUAAUGGUGGUUUGGGGGAACCCAUCAAACUCUCCAGAAACCAUGUUCUUGCUUAAGGCUCUUCCGUGUUUGAAGUCAUCUUGGUGUUGCUAACGAGAUAUUGAGGUCUGAACGUUAAACGUGAGUUUGAGUUUUAUGUUAUUGCUCAACGGAAUCUUCCGCCA